UCAUCUUCACCUACCUGUGAUUUCACAAAACUCCAAAUUUAGGAGGUGAGGAGGAGGGGGAAAAAACUUUUAACUCCCCUGUUUCUGCUCUGUUUGUUAUUUGGCUUGAUUUUGGAUAAGAAAAUGUCCUCAAGCGUCUCUCAAGGGUUGCAAUCAUGUCUGGAGGUGGUUGAAUCACGUUUCUUGAGGCUGAAACUCGUUCCACCCUUAAUAAACUACACUCGGCCAUAUAAUGAAGGAGCAAACACCACCAACAAUAAGAACAUCGGCAAUGAUUGCAAGGCGAUAGCCAAUCGGAAUGCCGACAUGGGUGGUUGGAGUUCCCUCCGGUCCCUCUCCGACGCCAAAGCUCCCACCGAGGACGACAAAGUCUACGUUCACCCUCUCGUUAAGCGUUCUAGGCUAAGUGGGAAAAGCCUUGAAAUGUGCACGGAGCAAUUAGGUAGCGAAACCGGAAGUGAAGUUAGCGAUUGCAGCGAUGAUAUUUCGUUGGAAACUCGAAUCGUGGCUUGCGGUAUUAUUCCGUCCAAGCCGAGGGAAUGUUCGUCUAAGAGAAAAAUGAGUCACGGCAGCAGCUUUCCGCCUCCUUUGACGUCCAUUAGCGGUUCGAAUGGCGUUCGGGUCAAGUCUCAUCGAGAAAACGGUCGCCUAGUUCUUGAAGCCGUUAGUUUCCCUCCCUGUCAUAGUUACUUCCGUGCAGAACGUACUGACGGGAGGCUUAGGCUUUCCCUCAAGGACCCGGUUCUCGACGACGAAGAACAAAACGAUGGUGAAGAAGUCGAAAUCCAAGUCGAAGAAGAUGAAUUUUACGGGGAAACUGAGAAUAAAGAAGGAAACAAGGGGAAUGUUGGAGGUGAAACUGAGACAGGGAAGUUACCUAUGCCAAGCAACUGCAAAGAAAGUGGGCGUGGCCACAAAGGCGGCUUGCUUAAUUGGAAAUCAUUCUUGGUGGCUACAUAAAAAACAUGGCUAAAAUUGGAAGAUUUUUCACCACCCCCAAGUGAAUUAUCAAUACCAUCGUUGGAUUCCUUAAUUUCCAAUUUUUCUCCCUUUGUUUUCUAAUUUUCGGUUAUUACAAAUAUUAGAUUACGUACCAUGGAUUUCGUAAAAUAUGCUAUUGUUGGUAGUUAUUAUCGUUA